AGCGCUGGAGUAGCUCGCUGUCGGUCAGAGCUCGGAGGAUCGCGAGAGGGAGAGGGAGAGGUGUUUCUCGGCCCUUUCUCCUCUUUCAUUAUUUAUUUCCUUAUUAACGGCGAUCAAAACAUUGAUGGUGGAUCCUCCGCCGCCGAGCUCCAGAGCCGCGGAUCAGCUGCAGUUUUCCUCCCCACAGAGGAGCGCGUGUGUGUCGGCAUGGCUCGCCCUCGGCCCCGGGAAUAUAAGGCGGGAGAUCUGGUGUUCGCCAAGAUGAAGGGAUACCCGCACUGGCCGGCGCGGAUUGAUGAGCUACCGGAAGGAGCCGUGAAACCACCAGCUAAUAAAUACCCCAUCUUCUUCUUCGGCACCCACGAGAC